AUGUUCAGCUCAGGAAGCGGUGCAAGCACUGGUUUCGACAGCUUUGGGACGCAGAAUACGAAUCUAUUUGGGUCAAAUCAAGGACCGACAGCAGUGAACCCUUUCCAGUCCAAUGGCAACGUUCCAGACAUUCAGACAAAGUUCGGACAGAGCCCUGGCUUUGGGAACCAACUGCCACUGCUCUCAAGCAGUUUGGCUGGGGCUCGAAAGCCAGAAGGGGACUUCGACGGCUUUUUGCAAGGGGGAUUGGCUCGAACUUCGUCGAUGGUUUCAAGUGGAUUUGGUCACACUGCGACAAGUGGGAAUCCGUUUGGACAGAUGAACCAGAACACGAUGCAGAACAACAAUCGAGCGAGUUUGACGUUUGGGUCCACAUCUUUUGGUCACGACGGCAAUUUAUCGUCAACGUCGACGAGUACCCGCUCAUCAUUUGGGUCAGCGUCGGAAGCAGGAGGAAAUUUGUUGAUACAAAAUCAUGAGCGCGUAGAAAAUGAAGAGAGGGUCAGAGAUUUCGACAACAGGGCGCCGGUCUUUGGUGCAAACAGCACACUAUUUCGAGGAAAAGAUGGUGAACCCGGUGGGGGUCAAACUGUUUUUGGAACACAUCUGCCGAAGCGCGGGCAAAGUGUGUUUUUGCAAGCAUCGAACGGAUUUGGGUCUGCUAGUACUGCAGCAUCGACGCCAUUUAUGUCGCAAAGUACAGCAUUUGGAAGCCAAUCUUCCGGCACCAAAGUGCAGAAGAAACGAGUCACUCCAAAUACAGCAACUCUUCAUCCCCGUGCAACCACUUUGUUUGCUGCCGCUGAAAGCAGUGGUGAAUCUAUAAACACACCAUAUGUUCAAACCACAUUUGGUGCAGCAAGUAGUAACGCUCCGACGACCUCCCAGUCUGUCCGGAAGCCUUUUUUCGAUGGAAACAUUGCUGCUACCAGCACCUUCGGCGGAUUUCGUGAAAAUCGACCUCCUGUCUCAAACGAUAACCAGGAAGCUUUGGUUGGGCGGUUCACGAGUGCCAACAAGACGGAUAUGGUGGAGAAGCGAAUGAGUGGUAUGAACAAAGCUUCGCUUGGUCCAAGUAAGCGUGCUAGGGGAUCUGGUGCCAGAGCAGAAGCAGAUACUAAUCAUUUUGGUGAGCACCAGAGCACUGCUAGUUACAUCCAGGAAAGUAUAUACUGCGACGACAUUGUAGAUGAGCCAAAGCUGAUAAAGCCGAGCCGCACAAAAGAAAAUGUUGGGAAGCACCGGAAAGCUCGACUGAAGAAAAGAGCACCAAAAAGGAACGAGGAGGAGGCUUCUUUCAUUUCCGUGCCACCGGCAAUAGCUGGUGGCAGAGAUGAAAGCAACAAGGCGCAACUUUCAGCAGCCGCGAACUUGGAUGGUCUUUGUACCGAUAUGUGCAGUCAGGUAGAACGAGAGCUGCACAUCCGUGUAGAUGAAUUGAGCGUGUUUGAAAAGUGCUAUCCUGGUCAAUACGGGACCGAACGCGAUACAAUUAUCAAGCGUUUUCAGCGCAGUUCAGCUGAUCACAAACUGGAUAUUCCGGACGAAAUUCGUCCCCCUGGUGUCCUCCGGCGCACCCAAUUGUACAUUGAGCAAGCUAUAAUGGAUUUGGAUCGGCGUGGGUUGGACCCACGAUUUCAGCCGCCUCGAGCUCCGGAGCCGAUCGAGCUGUAUAACUUUUGUUGGGACCGUUUCCGAAUGAUUCGUAAAGACUUCAUCUUACAGAACUACCGUGGCGCUGGAGGCCGCGUGCAUCCCAUAGUUCUGGACAUCCAUGAACGAAUUGCACGGUAUCACGUUCUCAGCGAGCACGAACUCAUUGAAACACCAAGCUUUGUGGCCCAGCAAAACAUGGAACAGCUUGGCCAAACGCUCAAGUCGCUGAACGAGCUGUACGACGAAAGCCACAAGGUGGGAGAUGCCGCGUACUUUAGUCCAUUUGAGGCCGAGUUCCGCGCAUAUUUCAUACUUUGUACGCUGGAUAAUGGUCGCGGUAUGGACGUGCUAAAGUACGUAAAAGAUCUGCCGCAUCUUAUCGUGGAAAGCCGUCACGUCAAGUUUGCAAUGCGUGUGUUUGUUGCUCGUCAAACUGGCGACUACUAUCAGUUUUUCUUGCUUCUCCGUGAAGCGACAUACCUGCAGUCAUGUUUACUCUGCCGGUACAUUCCGAAUGUCCGGUCUUCGGCGUUGCUUCGUAUGAAUCGAUCAUAUCGCAGCCAGACUUACCCACUGGAGGAUUUGGCGGACUUGCUGUGUUUCGAUGACAUUGAACACGCAUAUUCAGUUUGUCACCAACAUCAAAUUGGAAUACUCGGCAAGCCCGAUAUCGACGACGACAGCGAAAUCCUACUAAAGUUUGGUGGGAAAUUUGAAACAGACACUCAACUACGACGGAACGAUCGACCACUGAAGAUUCGGGGCUCGAAAAUUUUCGUCGCGAUGAAGCAAGGAAAUUUCUUACGACGAGACGUCUGCCGCGGGGUGACGGAAUAUCCUCGAGACCAGUAUCCAGCUUUAAGCAAGCUGAUACAAGAAACCGAGCAGGAGGAACAGGCCCGGUUGUACCCGGACCGACCUUUGUACGAGGAUGAGUACUCCUAUUUCGUUGAUUACACCGACGGGGAUACUACGUCCCCGACAAGUGCUGAAGUGGAGACCGUCGACGACUUUUUUUCGAGCGAACAACAUCAGCUGGAAAUCGAUCAAAAACGACAUGAUCUCAUAUCGAUUGCACAAAAAAAGCUGGAGCUUGAGCAGGAGAGGCGAACAAUGCUUGAACGAAUGCGGAGUCUUGAGCAGGCAAAAGAAGAGAAGACUCGACGUGAACGAUAUAUGAAGGCUGCCGCUGAAGAGGCUGCUCAGCGUGAAGAACAGAUGAAGCGGGACGCACUUGCUCAAGCUACGGCUGAAAACGAAGCUGCAGAAGCAAGGCGACGACAGAGAGAAUUGGAAGCCCGGUUGCGCGAACAAAAGCAGCGUGAGUUAGAAGAGCAGCGCAAGAUGGCAGAAAUGGCUCAGGAAGCGGAGCGGCAACGGCUUGCUGCGUUACAGCAAGCGGAAGCCAUGAGAGCGAAGGCUGCGGAAGAAGAGCGACACCAACAAGAAGAACGGCAAAAAGAAAUCCGGCGAAAGGCAGCAGAAGAGUUUGAGCGGCGUCGCCAGCAAGGGUUGGCGGAGGAACGUGCGCGUCGAGCGCGUGAAGCUGCACUUGAAGUGCAACGACAAGCGCAGCUUGCUGAAGAGCGAGCAGAAAGGAAGAGAGUGCGCCGAGCUGGAAAGCAACGAUUUGCAGUUCUUAAACUAAGACUGCACCUGUGGAAGAAGUAUGUGCAAGUGUCACGCGACGGCCCCGGGCCCAUUUCAAUUGAUGCGACAAAACUUCGACUUGACCGGCCUCAUCAAAAGGCGAAAGACAGCAUCCAAUGGCUUUUCAAUGGAGCUGACAGAGCGUCUGCUCCUCCGAUGAAGAAAAAACGAUUGUCAAGGGUGGUAGCAGAUGUAUCACCUUCAGACUCAGACAUUCUAUCGCUUUGGUGUUCUGAAGACAUCCAAGAAUUGGUUAGUGGUCCGCUUUGUCGACAAAACCCUGGAGUACCAUCAGUCGCGUGGAAACUAGUGAUUGCAGAUUUAAUGGAUGAAGCUGUAUCGUCGUUUGGCUUGUGGUGCGCAGUCAAGGCUGGUGCGCAGAAUGUGUCUGUACCUGAGCGUGACUGCCAUCGCACGUUCCAGUGGGUUACUGGUAAGGAGCAGGGAGUCGCGGUGUGCAGUCGGUACCUCGAUUCGACAUUCUCUGAGCGGAAUACACACAAGACACAACAGGAGAAGCUAGCUGCGACUUCAGCGAUCUUACUACCCGUUGAUAUGAGUACGCUGCAUGUAGCAAGCAAUUGCAGUAGCUGGGAGCAGCAAGUGGGAGAUUUACUAGCGUCUCUGAACAGGGGAUGCCAAGUGACACUGCUUGCUGUAGGGUUUGCUUCGACGGAAGUCAAGUCGUCUCGGCGACUGCUCGUCAAAAGACUCGAGAGUUGCAUGGAGCGAAUGCGAAGUCGAUUUGCUUCACAGGUGGUACAUGCUCGCGCUGAAGUGAUCGACGCAGGUGACUCGCUUCCUCACAAGUUCAGGCAAGUGUUGAAAACAAUUGCAGAGUUGUCUCCUCCCAUGCGUCAUCUUAAGAGCGUUGGCUUGAGGGAGCUUCUAGAGAGCAGCAUGGGGGCGAUGACGAACCAGUUCGAAUCGUCGAUUGGACUCCAGAGCAGUAUUUGUGAAGCCUUCCGGCGCGUGCAUGAAAACAUAUCUACGUCUGGCGUAAUGGACCUGACGUAUGCGCCGCCAGAGUUGCAAUCUGCCGUUGUAGACCCCUCGCGUGGCUGGAACUCGCAGGAGAGGCGGCACGGGAUGAAGAAGGUUUUAACAGCGCUUGAAGUCACUCGCAUUGCUGUUGUGGAUUCCCCGCUGACGCGUGACGAGGCAUGUGACGUAUACUUCAAAAGAGUGGCGAGCUUUAUUGAUCGACUGUUUGCAUCCCAUGCCGCAGCUUCGGCGGUGUCGACAUACGAGCUUAAAAGGUCGAUUUUCGGCACGCUUCUCUCGGUUCAUGAGCUCCUGACACGAGACGGUAAGACAGAUCAAGUGACUCCGCAGGAUGCUGAUGUGUUGUUGCCAUGGCGAGAGGUGUUCAACGAGAUCUACGCGACUUUCUUCGAGACGCUGGAUGACAUUACGAUGUACUAUCCGGCUGACUGGCGUGAGUUUGGGGCAACUGUAUCAACUGCACCCUCCUCGGCCUGGACAGAGUUUACGUCGCCCAGUGGCAGCUUCAAGAAGGCCAAGCGCGUCGUCGUGAAUAAACCAGUCUCGGUGCAGAGCAUCCGAAGAAGCUUUGGAUGGUUGAAAGCUUUGGACGGAGCCGCGGCACCAAGUAAGUAUCGAGCAAUGGACGAAAUGGAGCGUCUCCGAGCAGAGAUUAAAAGCGAGCGAGCCGCGACGUCGCAGUUCCAGCGCAUGCUUCGUCAAGCUCUUCUUCGAUGGGACAAUAAGGAUGAGACGACAUCAUGGUGGUAA